AGUCUUCGUACUCCCGAACGCCGUUUCCUUGCCUCGUAUAUCGCGUUGCUUACUUUAUUUCCUUUGUGUUGCGCGCCUCUCUUGUGACGAAGUCACACAGAUCGUGGCUGGAGGCGCUCUCGCGUGUCUGACCGGAAUAUUAGUAUUCGAUUUCAACACCAAGGGAAUUCAUCCUUAACCAUGGCAAAUCAGCAAGUAGUAGAUUCUCACCCAAAGGAUGCACGUGAGCAUGGCUCGACGGAUCCGCUGCUGCCAAACGUGCGCGACGCGGCUGUCGAGGAUACGGCCGGCUCCUCAGACGACGAGGACUACGAGACAAUUGUACAUAGCGCAGAUGACACUGCCUCAGUUAUCGGCGUCAGUAUAUCGCAGGCACAGUCGCACUUGAAGUCUCCAAAUACACCCGCGAUCGAGAAGAUGGCCGCCAUUGGGAGACGCGGCGGGUUUUUUGAUGACCAAUUUGACGUUAGCGAGUCCCCCGAGAACGAAGAACAGCAGGAGUUACAAGGAACCGAUAGCACACGGCAAGAAUCAGCCAUAACUGCGACUGAAAAAACGGCCCCUUCGAAGCAGGAAUCGCCAAAAUCACCCCCUCCCACUCUGCCUACGCCGUGGCGAGCCGGCCCAAAGACGUUUGAACGGCCGGCGGAAACAAGCGGAAUCCUGGGAUCCGCUUUUCGGAAACGGAGCUCGUCUGGCCCCGAGAAGAAAGCAAAGUUCCCUUUGCAGUUGCCUUCCCUACCCAAGCCCCCUCGUUUGUUUGGAUCAAGCCAUGAAGACAGCGCAAAAUCCGGCGGACGGCAGCGAACCAAUCCCGAGCCGAACUCACCGCAGUUCGACGGCGCUGCAUGGACUCGAGAUUCGUGGAACCAAUUUGUAGCCAAAGCACGAGGUCUCUCGAUUUUAAAUGAAAAGCCUCCUGAGAAUAGCUGGGCGCUAUCGCCAACGCAAGGCUCGUCGCAUCCAGUACCCUCGCAACAAGGCCAAGAAUCAUCUACACCAACGGAAGCGGCGAGCAGACCAUCUAUGGGGCUGCGUCGAGCGACGUCGGAUCAGUCGCUUUAUUUGGCCCGAAGUUUAUCGAAAGCAUCAUCCCUUGGCGAUGACACGCGAUUUGAGCAUAUCCACGAGCAAGUGAACAGUAGAUUGAAAGCGAUUCGAGACAGCUGGCAGGACUCGAAUCUGCGCCGUAAUCUACCCACCCUGCCAAAACCACCGUUGGGCUUUAGCUCGUCAAGAACUGACCUAGGCUCGCAACAAGAAGGCUCACGUAGUUCAAACUCAUGGAUGCGACUGAAUCUGUUACCCAGCCCGUAUGACUCGACAAGAGACCUUCAUACCUCAUUUGAAAAGCAUGAUGCCCAUAAGCCAAGUCUGAUACCAAGUAAAAGCCCGAAGAUCGCAGGAAUGUCUUCCGCGAAUGCCGCUGCUCAUCCUAACUUCACGGAGGCAUUAUGCAAUCUGACGGGGGACAUAGUAGUGCUUGGAGGCUACAGAGGCUCAAUACUUCGAGAAGCCCAUCCACCCCAUAGGAGAUUGUGGGUGCCGCUCAAGGUUGGCUUCAACCUGAGAAAAGUAGAUCUCGAGGUUGGGUUUGACGACGAAGACGAGGAACAAGUCACAAAAAAGAUCAUACCGGACGGGAUGCUUACGCACAUUGGGCCCGUGGACAUAAGCAGAAGACUUUUGAAGAGGCUUAGAGCAAGCGAAAAUACCCAAAAAGGGUCUCUGCGUGUUCACAACUAUGGCUAUGACUGGAGGCUUAGUCCGCAUCGACUGAGUAAGCAAUUCAUCGAGUUCCUAGAGACUUUGCCAUGCAAUAGCCCCGGUACUCCACCUGAAAAACGGGGUGCGACAGUAAUAGCACACAGUUUCGGUGGCCUGAUGACGAGGCAUGCCGUCAAUGCAAGACCAGAGCUGUUCAACGGGGUCGUUUACGCCGGUGUUCCUGAAACAUGUGUGAACAUACUCGGGCCAUUGCGCAACGGUGACGAUGUGCUCUUCAGCUCGAAGGUGCUAACCGCACAGGUUAACCUGUCGAUCCGUACGAGCAUCGCACUGUUGCCGCUCUAUGGGCGAUGCUUCGUGGACAAAGACACGAAGGAGGAGUAUCUCGUAGAUUUCUACGACGUGAAUGAUUGGAUAAAGUAUCGAUGGUCACCAUGUAUUGAUCCUCCUUUGCCGGCGUUAUCCACAUCUGGACGAUCGAGCAGCUUGAUCAGUAGCGUAUCGAGCGUCAUCCCGGACUCCCUUACGACUGUUAUCCCAUCUCUUCCGUUUCGGAACCGUCGCGAUUCUACAACCAAUCGUGGGAAUAAUCCCAGCGUUAGGGAUGCUUCCAAUUCUGCCAAUACGCAAACUAAAACACAUCAGGCUGACCUACACGCUGAAGGAUUGCCUAAAGCUGGUAUGGCGCCGCAGAUGGGUGCCCAUGGGAAACAAGAACCUACGCAAGCGGCAACGGGGGUGACGAUUUCUCGCGAGAAGGCCAUCGAAUAUCUCACACGAGUCUUGCCACGGAUCAAGCGCUUUCGAGAAGAGCUAGCGCACAAUCCCAGCCACCAAGAAAAAAACAUGUACCCUCCUUUUGCCGUGAUAUACGGCAAGACGGAGCCGACUGUUUGUGGUGCUCGCGUGCGUGGUCGUGAUGGCAUUGCUCGUGCAGAUGCUUACGACGACCUCGUCUUUGCGAGCGGUGACGGCGUCGUCCUAGCCAGAGCCGCUCAGUUGCCGGAUGGCUAUCGGGCCGCGAAAGGUGGCGUUAUUGCAAGUGAGCGUGGUCACGUUACGCUACUGGGCGAUCUUGAAGCUAUAGGAAAAUGUUUGAAAGCCUUGCAUAAAGCAAGAAGCAAGGGAGUUGGCCUCGGGUCGCUGGAACCAGUGAAUUCAGACCAAGCCUAGUCGUGUCCAAGAAAUCGAUGCCUCACCUCCCAGCUCUUUGUGCCAUUGAUCUGCAACGUGUUGCGUGCAGCGUUGUUAUCGGUUGCCAAGAGCAUGAUCAUUUUCUUGCCGUUGCUUGCAGCUGCUUGCAAAACUCGGCGGAAAAAUCCAGAUUCGCUCGUUGAGCAGGAUGAUGGACAGAGCUUCAAUUCUUGCCAAUCGCUUUCGACACCAAGUGCUGAGCCAAGUGACUUGGGUGAGAUGAUUUUCCCUAGUUCGAUUACUACUUCAUCGACUCUGUCUCAUGAAGCCCUGGCCCAAUGAAUGUUUAGACGAAUGGUGAAACUCAGCGGGACUUUCAUCCAAGUCGUAAGCUGCAGCAUGUUCGACAAGAAGCUUAGGGAAAGUUCACUUUCAAUAAGCAACCUGAAAACGUCUACCAGCACAAAUCCAAGGCUCAGCACAAGCAUCGUGAAUAAAGCGGAAUCACGCCAAUUUGGGAGUGCGAUCUGCUACUAAGGCUGAGACGGUGGGAUUGUAUAGUCGGACUUUUGCACACGCGACCCUGCAGGAUAAGGGUUCGCCCAAAUUCUGUCUAAGCCUUCUUAGCCAGAAGCGUUAUUGGCUUCUUCGGCCCUCUCCGCCUUUUGGACGAUCUUUUCUCGCAAAUUCAAAGACUUGGAGCGCAAAAGAUAAGCAAGACUGCAGGGGGGGUGAGGAAGGAGGGGCAGG